AUGCUGCAGUUUAACCAGAGGGGGCAGUUUCUAUUACCAAAACAUAAAGUAAGAGAGAAAGAAGUAUCAAAUGCUCUCCCAGCGUUUGAGGUGGGGAAGGAAAAUGAGAGCAUGCACUUGGACAAGCAGAGCAGCUUUCCCGACAUUGCUCCGCUGAGCUCCCAGCCCCUGCUGCUCCUGGGACCCGAGGGCAGCUACAACUACUACGUGGACGAUGAAGAUGAGGAAGAGGAAGAACAAGAUAAGUGGCCAAGCGGAGACUCCCUUGAGGGAGGAAACAAGCCCUCCUUGCCUGCUCCUUGCUCCCCUUCACUACCCGCGGGAGCCCCAGUUCCCUCCUCGUCAGUGCUGAACAUCAACGUGGGCGGCCAGAGCUACCGCCUCACCUACCAGGCCGUCGCCAUCUACCCCAAGACCCGCCUGGGCCGCCUGGCCACUUCCACCGACCGGCGCUGCCCGCUGGGCUUGUGCGACGACUAAGCCGCCCAGGUGGACACGCCGCGCUGCUGCCGCAUCUGCUUUGAGGAGCGCCGCGACGAGCUCAGCGAGCAGCUCAAGGUGCAGCGCGAGCUGCGCUCCCAGGCCGAGGCGCAGGAGAACGAGCAGCUCUUUCACCACAUGCGCUACUAUGGCCCCCAGCGCUGGCACCUCUGGAACCUCAUGGAGAAGCCUUUCUCCUCGGUCACCGCCAAGGUGAUGGCCGUGGCCUCCAGCUUCUUCGUGCUCAUCUCCGUGGUGGCCCUGGCGCUCAAUACUGUGGAGGAGAUGCAGCAGGGGGGCCGGAAGAGGGGGGCGAGCGUGCCGGCCCAGACACUGUGCAUCGCCUUCUUCACGCUGGAGUACCUACUGCGCCUCGUCUCCACGCCCGACCUGCGCCGCUUCGCCAGCAGCGCGCUCAACGCUGUAGACCUCAUCGCCAUCCUGCCCCUCUACCUCCAGCUGCUGCUGGAGUGCUUCGCAGACGACGACCAGCCGCGGGGACGGGGCUCUCAGCAUGAGCACGACAUCGAGAAGGUGGGACGAGUGGGCAAGGUGGGACAGGUGCUUCGCAUCAUGCGGCUCAUGCGCAUCUUUCGCAUCCUCAAGCUGGCCCGGCACUCCACGGGGCUGCGUGCCUUUGGCUUUACCUUGCGCCAGUGCUACCAGCAGGUGGGCUGCCUCCUGCUCUUCAUUGCCAUGGGCAUCUUCGCCUUCUCUGCCAUGGUCUACACGGUGGAGCAUGACGUCUCCAGCACCAACUUCACCAGCAUCCCCCAUGCGUGGUGGUGGGCUGCCGUGAGCAUCUCAACGGUGGGCUACGGCGAUAUGUGCCCAGAGACCCACCUCGGCCGCCUCUUUGCUUUCCUCUGCAUUGCUUUCGGCAUCAUCCUGAACGGCAUGCCCAUCUCCAUCCUCUACAACAAGUUCUCAGACUACUACAGCAAGCUGAAGGCCUACGAGUACACGGCCCUCAAGAAGGAGAGGGGGAAGGUGGACUUCACGCGGCGGGCGGUGAAGAAACUCUCCGAGUGCUGCGGGGAAGGCGCUGGACGCCCCAUGCUGCGGGCCUGA